ACCAAAAUAUCAAUGUCAUCUGAAUUCCCGUUUUUCCUUAUAUUUUCGUUACCUACAUUUAAUUUUUUAUUUCUUGAAAAUUUUGCUAAAUUAUCCAAACGGAAACUUUAUAAAAGAAUUUUUAAUAAUGAAACAUAUUUAAAAAAUACUUAUAGAAAUUAAAAUGUUCUUUAGAAAUGUUUGGUGUGCUGCUGAAUUAACGAACAGUUGUAAAUCAGUACUCCUGCAGCAGAGCCAUAGCCCUAGUUAUGCUCGUCUACAACUUCGCAAGUCUUUCCACAACUCACGUCGUGGAACUCGUGGGCAACGCUUAGAUCCUGAUCCUCUUGACCAACUGCCAAUUGAGUCUGGCCCAUUGAAUGCUAAGGGCUUGUUGAAACCUUUUCUGUUCACUGUUGGAGUAUCAGCUGCAAGUCUUGUGGGGUGUGUGAUCUGGGAAUAUGAGACUCUACGUGCACAUACAACUACUUUGCUCCGGAGACCUAGCACCUGGUUAAAUAUACAACAAAAGAAACUUAUGGCACAGUUUAAAUCUGAACCAGGACCAGUGAAAAAAUGGUGGAAUUCAUUGAAAGAUAAUGAAAAGGUCUUCUAUCCCAUUCUUGCGGCAAAUGUAUUAGUGUUUGGCGCCUGGCGUGUUAGAGCAUUACAACCUUAUAUGGUCAAGUACUUCUGUUCUAAUCCUUCAGGAAGUUCAAUAUGUCUGCCGAUGGUACUAUCUACAUUCAGUCACUAUUCAGCCUUACAUCUGGCUGCAAAUAUGUAUGUUCUUUAUAGUUUUAUGCCAGCUGCUGUUGCGUCAUUGGGCAAGGAGCAAUUUGUUGCCAUGUAUAUGAGCGCUGGUGUAAUCAGUAGUUUCUCCAGUUUCCUCUAUAAAGUGGCUUUGAAUCAGCCUGGUCUUAGUCUCGGUGCGUCGGGAGCGAUCAUGUCUGUAUUGUCGUACGUAUGCAUGCAAUAUCCUGACACCAGGCUGAGCAUAAUAUUCCUACCUAUGUAUACGUUCGCUGCUGGAACGGCAAUAAAAGCAAUAAUGAGUAUGGACUUGGCUGGAGUUGUGUUUGGAUGGAAAUUUUUCGACCAUGCGGCACAUCUCGGAGGUGCUUUAUUUGGAAUUGCUUGGUGCGAAUGGGGUGGCACACACAUUUGGGCAAACAGAGACAAAUUUCUACAGUAUUAUCACGCUCUACGGAAAAACGAUACUGGCAGGUAGUAAAGAAUAUAAUGAGUAAUACAUAAGUAAUAUAGUUAUAAUGUAUCCAUAAAGAGAAAUACUUUUAUUAAAUUGUUGGUAAAAUUUAUUCUUUUGUUAGAAUUAAUAAAAAUUAUAUAUUGA